UGUCUCUCUCUCUCUCUCUCCUGUGUUUAGCAGAUCCAUGUCCAUCAUCUACCUCUGGACGGUCAAGUUCGCUGGCACGUCACGUCCGCACUUGAACUUGCAGCAGCUCAGGGGGCUUCGCUUACUUUUCCAUUCCCGUCUUGUGUUCUCCUCCGAGAAGCCAUGAAGCCCAACGCAAGCGUCUUGCCACUACACGCGUCUCUUCUGUACUAUUCUCUAUAGUUCAUGUGGGAUACCCGAUGCAUCGCUGAAGAAGAUUUUUACCCUGGACUCUCUAAAGACUCUGGCUCUUCCCAAUGUGAUCCCAGCUGAGACCGUGUCCAACAUGUCUCGCCGCAAGCAGGGCAAACCCCAGCACUUAAGCAAACGGGAGUUUUCGCCCGAGCCCGUGACGGCAGAUAUCCCAGAGGACGGGGAAAGCCAUCCCAGAUCGGAACCAUCCACCCCAAAAGGGGAUCAGGACCUCCUCACCUGUGGUCAGUGCCGCACCAGGUUUCCUUUGGCCGACAUCCUGGAGUUCAUCGAGCACAAACGCAGGCAGUGUCAAGGACGCCUAUGCAUGGACAAAUGUUCAGACCUGCCACCGUCGCCUCCACCCGCAGGCCUGAGGCGAGCCUGCGUCCCUGUGGAGGUGGCAGUUCAAGUUUCGCCCCACGGAGAGGAGCGUUUAGCCUCCACGCCGCACGGAUUACGGCCCAAGCAGGAGAAUUUAACAGAAAAAGAUGAGCCCAGCAGCUACACUUGCACAACUUGUAAGCAGCCCUUCAGCACUGCUUGGUUCCUACUACAGCAUGCCCAGAACACCCACGGUUUCCGAAUAUAUCUGGAGAGCGAACCUGGGAGCCCGUUAACUCCUCGAGUGGCCUCCGCUCCAGGCAUGGGUGGUGACUGUGCCUCACAGCCACCGCUGCACACAGCCCACCUUGCAGACACUAGUCCCUAUAGCCUGAUGAGGAUAGCCAACAGAGAUGGGUCCUCGAUUCCUAGGGAAGGCCGAUAUCCCAGGACACCUCCACUCUUUAGUCCCCCACCACGGCACCACAUGAGCCCCGAUGAUUUGGCUUUGGCCCCACAUCACCCAAGCGCCUUCGACAGGGUACUACGUCUUAAUUCGGUACCCUUGGACUCCCCAUCUAUGGACUUCUCGAGACGACUACGGGAACUUGCAGGCAACUCUGCUGGCUCCUCUCCGCCCAUGUCGCCCAACAGGCCUAGCCCUAUGCAACGGCUGCUGCAGCCAUUUCAGCCAGGGGCAUCUCAUUCUCCUUCCGGACCUCAUUCAACACCAACUGAGCAAACGCCAACCAUGCCAACUGUGAAGGCAAAGUCUUGUGAGUUUUGUGGAAAGUCUUUUAAGUUCCAGAGCAACUUAAUCGUCCACAGGCGCAGUCAUACCGGAGAGAAGCCUUACAAGUGCCACCUCUGCAACCACGCCUGCACUCAGGCCAGCAAGUUGAAACGCCACAUGAAGACCCAUCGGCACAAAUCCUCCUCCACUACCUCCAAAUCAGAUGACGGCCUUUCAACUGCCAGUUCACCUGAGCCAGGCACGAGUGAUCUGAUAAGCAGUGCCACCAAUGCUCUCAAAUCUGUGGUGGCCAAGUUUAAAAGUGAGAACAACGGCCUGAUACCAGAAAAUGGUCAGGAGGAAGAUGAAGAAGAGGAAGAGGAGGAAGAUGAAGAUGAGGAAGAAGAGGAGGAGGAGGAGGAGGAAGAAGAGGAGGAGGAGGAGGAGGAGGAGAACGAGAGUGAGGUCGGCGAGAGGAAUGAUAUCAACUUUAGCUUGAGCCUAGAAGGGGCACGUCACCAUGAGAACAAUAGACAGCGACACAGCAAAAGUGUGGAAGGAAUUCAGGACUUUCGAGACGCCCUUAAACUUUACAAACGAGGGGACCGAGGGGAAACAGGUGGUGACGAAUCCCCAAAAGAGUCUGAUCAAGUCAACGAGAGAUACGGACAAAUCGUAAACGGAACAGCCUCCUACCCAAACGAAGACCACUCGAGGAAACUUCUUGCCAGAAGCCCAGGAUCCGGCAGCCCUCUUUCCAAACGCAUCAAGGUGGAAAAAGACCUUGAUCCUCCGACUCCCACAAUCCCCAACUCAGAAAACGUUUACUCUCAGUGGCUGGCCGGAUAUGCCGCUUCGCGCCAGCUCAAGGAUCCUCUCCUCAGCUUUGGGGACUCAAGACAAUCACCUUUCGCCACCUCUUCAGAGCACUCCUCGGAGAAUGGAAGUCUCAGGUUCUCCACUCCCCCCGGGGAGUUGGAUGGAGGGACGGCCUCUGGCCGCAGUGGCACUGGAAGUAGGGCCAGUACACCCCAAACCGGUCGACCAAGCUCCAAGGACGGUCGGCGUAGUGACACGUGUGAGUUUUGUGGCAAGGUCUUCAAAAACUGCAGCAACUUGACAGUGCAUCGCCGCAGCCACACUGGCGAGAGGCCGUACAAGUGUGAGCUUUGUAGCUACGCCUGCGCUCAGAGCAGCAAGCUAACACGGCACAUGAAGACGCACGGACAGACGGGCAAGGACGUUUACAAAUGCGAGAUAUGCCACAUGCCUUUUAGCGUCUACAGCACUCUGGAGAAGCACAUGAAAAAAUGGCACAACGAUCAGCCCUUAAGCGUUGAAAUUAAAACAGAGUAAACUUUAUGAUGUCUUUCGCAGUCCUAGAAAAAUGUUUCAAGCACAGUGUCAGUUAAAUAUGCUGGCCGAAAAAGACUCUGAGCCUCUCUAAUGUGCAAUAACUUAAUGUUUUGUACUUCUUUUCUUACUGGUUGGCAUGUUUUUGUGUAUUAGCUUGAUUGAUAAGGGUUAGCUGUGUUGCUGUUGUUACUGUCUUUUAUCAAACGGGACAUUUCAUGCUGCAAACAAUUAAUUUUUACAUAUCAUACCAAGCUGUAUUUUUGUCAUUCAAGCCUGUAAUCUUUUGACUACCUACAUUCACACUGGGGUUUACACUGUUCAUUAGGGGUAUAGACAAAGUGUAGGGUUACCGAGGAAAGAUUGAACGGUAACAUUUUACUAAGAUACUAAAAAAGUUUGCAUUUUUAUUGUCGCUUGUGAAAAAAGAGUGCCUUGGGUGUGCCAUUUGCCAUAAGCCUGGGGAUAUUGUUCAAUGCAAAAUUAGGUCUUGCAUCAAGUACCUAUUGUGAAUUUGCUAAAUGCAGGAAUCCAGCAUAUGUUCUUAUGUAUAUAAUUUACUACAGUAGUAUAACAUGUUGUGUUCCUUUAAGUAUGAUUAUUUUGUUGGCAUCUUUUGGCUUGGUGAGAUUUUGGUACAGUAGUAAGUUUUCUUUUAACUUAGGGUCUCAUUUCUUCUUCUUCUUUUUUAUAAGUAUCCCUGAAAAUGUGUUUUACUCAGUAUAUAGCCAGUUUAUUGGACUAUACUGAUACAUUUCUAUUGGUGCAUGGAACACGGAACAUUAUGUAAAUAUGUAAAUCUUUAUAGAAUGAAUUUCUUGACAGGGUCAUCCACGGAAACUUUAACAUAUAGUCCCUGAGUAAGCUGUUUAAGAAUUGGCAGGAUUGAAAAUCCUUUUUUGAAUUAAGCUCAGAUUGGCUAGAAAUAGAAGUAGUUUAGCAAGAGCAGUUAUGAUGGAGCGAUGCAGGAACGUGUUUCAGGACAUUUACACAUUAUUGGAUGAAAGUCUGAAUUAGCUUGCUUGCUAGUACUUCCACGAUGUUUUUGUUUAUCCAACACUCUUCAGUUUCUAAAGCUAUGUACUGUAUAUACCCCUGUUUAUUAGCAAAGCACUUAGCCACGUUCACAUAUUUUGUGCCGGUCGAGUUGACAUUCAGACUUUUUAUUCUCUUCAUUAUCCCAUAGUGAAUUUUAUGAAUAGCACUUGCCACUCAGCCUAAAACUCUGUAUCUGUCCUGCUAAUCUACGGGCAGGUGGUUGAGUAUAAAACAAAACUGCUCUUCAAUGGCACAAAAAAAAAACUGCACUGUUCAAUUUUUUUUUCCAGUUUACAAGAGACACUCAAGAGAUAUUUCUUCUCAUUUGAACAACUUAAUGAGGUGUCAACAUUGUAUGUGAAAUAGAGUUAGAUUAGAAAUCUUGGUCAAAGAAAAAGGACUUAAAAGACGCUUGAAAAGGAAAAAAAUUAAAAAGGCUGUUCAUUUAGAAGCUAGAUUUUAAACUGGAACAGCGUAACGAUGUUUAUCUCAGUGAAUAUGGUCCAAACCCGCUGCUUCAUCAGCCAUUUUCUAUUUUUAUCACAUGUUUUAAAAUGAAAAUAAUGAUUAAAUGUUUUGGGGUUUCUUUUUGUAAUACUUCAUACAGAAAAUUAAUUUAAAGUGUUCCAUUUUUUUUCAUUUCUUGGGGGGGUUACAAUGUACUAUGUAAAUACUAAAUGUUAUGUGAAUUUCCUUUUCUUCUGAUUCUUUUUUCUUUCUUUCUCUUUGGCAUACACAGUUCUUCAGGAUGCAUUAUAAUGAGAUUGUAGGAGUAUGUUUGACAUUUUAUAGGGCUGACUUAUGGUCUGUCAAAAGCUAUUGUGACACACUUCAGUUUGCCAUGUCAAUGUGUAGAGAGGAUCUGGAUUUAAUUGUUCAUCAAGAGUAGUCAAGAUAGUAUUUAUAUAGAGGCUAGACUUCCAGACUGUUCCUUGUUCACUUUAAAGGUACACAAAUGCCUGUAGUUGAGCUCAGCAUGCUGCCACCGUUUUUCUUUUCUCCUUAACUUGGCAGGAUAAUAUAGUGUGAAUCGUUUUAAUGUAUGGAUCUUGAAAAUGAGUUUCUAAGAAGAAAAAAAAGCUAUGUGGGGGUUACUCAGAUAAAAGGCUAUACAAUGGUCUGUUGACGCAAUCCUCUUUGAAAUAACACACACCGAUGAGGAACAGGUGCUUUUAUGAUCUCUGGCCUUUGGAUAUGCAGUAAAGUUUCAUAGUUAGUGGGUUCUCCUCUUUAUUUUGAACUGUCCCUACAUGUCUCCCCCACAACCUGAAACAUUCCAGUCAUCUUUGAAAGAAUGGAUGUCUUAUGCAAUGAAUCAAGAGUCAAUAAAUACAUUUAAAAUGCAUUUUGAAAUACAA